UCAGGAGGUGCUCGUAAAACGUUCUGAGGGAAAAAAAUGCCUACAGCUUCUGACCAGUCGAUUGUGUGUCCUGCCUGCAGGACGAAGCAAGAUAUAGGUCCAGGGUUACAGGUCAGGAGGAGUACCAUGGGACCUGCAUCAGCUGCGGCUUCUACAUGAAACUACGACUACAGCAGGGAGCUAGCGACGGCGUCACCUUCACCGUCAACGGCACUCAGUGCACAGUGACAGAUAAAUUCAGCCCUACUUUGUCCCUCAACGAGUACCUGAGGAGGACAGGUGUGUCUCGGGGUACGAAGCAGAUGUGCACUGAAGGAGGGUGUGGGGUGUGUCUGGUAGCCGUGAAACUCUUCGAACCGGUCAGCGCCACGAAACAAGUGUACGCCGUCAACUCGUGUCUAGUUCCACUGCACAUGUGUGACGGUUGGGAGAUAACGACGAUUGAAGGACUGGGCAAUCCCAGAACUGGUCUCCAUGCCAUUCAAGAACGCUUAGCAAAGUACAAUGGUUCUCAGUGCGGCUUCUGUAGCCCAUCCCAAAUCAUAAAUAUGUACAGUUUGCUUCAGAGAAACCCAAUGCCCACCAUGAAACAGGUUGAGGACGUCUUUGAUACUACUAUCUGCCGCUGUACAGGGUACAGAGCAAUCAUGGACGCCAUGAGGUCUUUCGCUUCAGACGCACCAUCCAACCUCCGAGGUGGAAUGAUUGACAUCGAGGAUUUGAACCCCAAGAUGUGCAAGAAGUCUGGCAAGAGGUGCGAGGGCAAGUGUAACAACAAGUCAGACAAAGAGCGAUGCUCUAGGGAUCGACACCAGAAUGACCUCCCCUUCACUAACGUGGGGACACGGUCCAGUGGCUCAAACCCACCACACUGCAAGAGCUGUACAUCCUGCUCCAUCAGCACCGCACGGACAAGUACAGCCUGGUCUUUGGCAACACAGGCCGGGGUGUUUUCAGAGAGCUUGGACCAUGGAUGUUCAACAUUUUGAUUGACAUUAGAGGAAUACAGGAGUUGUACAGGAUUGAGUUCACUCCCUCGCUGGUGUGGGGCGCUAACCUGACGCUGACCAACAUCCACGACCUGUGCGACAAGGCGCGCAGCAACGCAUCACUGCCGUACGCCGCCGUCUUCGCGGAGCACAUCAAGAAAGUGGCCAACAAUGGCGUCA